AUGGACGCCCAGUUGAACAUCCACCAGGUUCGUUUCUUUUUCCCAAGUUAUUAUUUUUUUCGGAAAAAUGGCUAUUUCAUAGAAAAAAAUUUUUCAAAUCUUUUUGUUCGAUUCGAACACGGACUGAAUUGAAUAAUUCUAAAAAAAUUAGCCUAAAAAAAUAAUUUAAAAAAUCAGUCUUAUAUCAAACUUCAACGUCAUUGCUGAACUACUCAGAUUUUUCGAGGCGUUUUGAGAUGAGAUUUUGUCUCGGAAUGUCUCGUAAAAUUGCUCUCGUCUUGUAUCGAGAAGGAAAAGAAACUACCGUAAUAAUUUGAGCUUUUUCUUGCUCUGCUAAUUUUUCUACUUCUCCCAGCCAAAAAAUAGGUUCUCAAAGGCUUGAAAACUGCGAAAGAUGAAAAAGUGCAAGGAGUUAAAUUUUUUUUGGCUUUUUGCAGAUUUCUGUUAAUUGUUUGGCAAUAAUUCAGGCCAUUCCAAUAAAAAACAUCACCUUCAAAUUGGAAGGAAAAACCGACAACCAAUUUGAAUGUCCCAACCUGAAAAACGACUGUAAAUGAACGAUUAGACUUUUCUUUUUUCUUUCUAAACUUUUUUAAACACGGGUAUUUUCAAGAAUAAAAAUCGGAGCAGAAUUUGCGUUUGGAUGAAAACCUUAGCAACUCAAGCUUUGCCCGAUUGCCGAAAAAAAUAUUAAUACUUUGAAUAUUCCUAUCUUUAGCAAUAGAAUUUCGUUCCGAGUAUAUUUAUAUGAAGGUUUUCAGGGCCAAAAUUUGAAACAAUUCACAAAAAAAAAAUAAUUUCAAAUUUUCAGGCCACCAGAUCCGUCGGCUCACAAACCGACGAGGUUGGAUUUUUUUAUCUCAAUUUUUGUAAAAAAAAAAGGAUAGCAUCAGCGUUGCAAAAAAAGGAAAGAUGAGAAGAAAUGUCGCGAAUUUUUUUCGUUUACUUGAAUUUUUUUAGUAAAAAUAGUUCUCACUAAGUAGAAGAAGAAGCUGAGCGUUCAGAAAUUGACUCAGGCGUUUCUAAAGUUUCUUUUCGAAGUUUGUAUGAUUUUAUUUUCAUCAGUUAUCUUCAAAUUUUUUUAAGUCUUCAUUAAACUAAAUUUAUAGAAUUCGAUAUAUCUUCGAGACCUUAGUGCUCGAAUUUUAUAACACAACAACUUUCUUUUCCCGGAAAAGUCACUCCGAAAAAUCUUCAAAAUCUAAUAGUUCUCAUGGAAUUCUCUUUAAAACAUUCAAAGAAUUUUGUUAUUAAUGAAUAAAUUGAAGCAAUAAAUAUGAUAAAUGAAAAAAAAAAAAUUAUUUAACGGUCAUCUAUUUAGGAGUCUUGGGUGUUCGACGAGGUAGUGGUCCAGCGUAAUGGCCAAGAUAUUGAGCUUUAUUUUGAAGCUCCGGUAAGACUUUUUCAAGCUAAUUUCACAUAAAUACUAGCUUCGACUGCGCGAAAAUUUUGAUGAAGAAAUUUCGAAAAAAUUGAAAAAUUUGAAUUUUCAUAUAUAUUUAUCCUUAUUUCAAAAAUAAAACCUUUCAAUUACAAAUAAUUAAUAAUUCGAAAUUUCAGGAGAACCGCCCAAGCCGCGACUGCGGCAACCAGACCGUGGUGAGCCUUUUUUCCUUUUUUUGAUAAAUCUGAAUACCUCAACUUUGCGAGAAUUCAAGCUUCUACUUUGCGAAAUAGCUCGAACUUUCCUUUUCAUAGACACAUGGGAAAGCUCUCAAGCAUCAGAAAGAAUAGUCGAAGAAGAGAAAAAAUGGCGAGAGUUGGACGCCUGAAAAUAAGAAAGUUCAUGCGUUUCAGCAUAUAACGAAAAUCAUGAAAUUUUCUAAAAAUAUAUUUUUUGACCACCGCAAUAAAAAAACAUUUUCAGCGGCUCCCGGAAAGAGUGGUCGACCGUGCUUUGGCCGCCCACGAACAGCGUAUCCGCUACUUCCUGGAUACGCUGAAGGCCAGGACUCAGCACGGAGGUACAGAAUAGUUUCAGAAGUAUCAGUCUUUCUCACGAUUCUCAGCUAACUUGACUAAUCCAACUUUUCAAGCUUCCAGCAAAAAACGGUUCACGACUUUUUGCUCAAAUUCAAGAUAGGCUGCAAAGCUUCUGGAAACUUGGAAAUUUGUAAACAUGAUAAGGAAGACGAAAAAUUCGUCCAAAAUGAGAAGAAAAGUCUUUAUCCACUCUACGAGUUGAUUAUUAUUAGUAGGUAGGACUUUUUUUGAUCAAAUACGGAGAUUUCGAGUAUAAAACUUCUUACAAAAUCAAACAAUUAAAAUUUUUGAUGAAAAAUAUAUAAGAUCCACAUCAGUAUCUGACAGGGCUUACAGCUAGAAGUAUUUCAUUGAAAAGAAAAAAUGAAUGAAUAAAAAGGAUUUGACAACUUUUCGCCCUUUUUCAGCUAAUAUCAAGUCUGUUAACUAUUCAAAAUUGACUCAACGAUAAAAAAAACAGCGAGACCAGUGAAAUUUGAACUGAAAAGAAAAAAAUCCCAGCUUCUUUUCUAUAUACUUUUUUUCCAUAAACAAAAUAUAUAAAGCUGUUAGAGCGUCCUAACUCUGAGAACCGGAUAUAGUUUUUUUUAAAUUCAGGCUCAGACCUUGGUAACGCGAAUGGGACGCGAAUCGGACGUGUCGGGGCGUUUCUAGUGACCGCUUUAGUAGCCUCAGAACUCUCAAGUGAUCCCUAGAAUCGCGCAGAAACGUCCGAAGCACGUCCGUUUCGCGUUACCAAUGUCCAAGGGAGAUCUUAAAGUGCAAUUUAGCGAAGUAUCGUCGUAAGUUCAACCCGGGGCUGAAAAACGUUCCCUAGUGAGAAAUAAAAAAAAAAAUCAAUAUCACAGAUAAAAAAAAUAUUUAAAACCUUUUUUCAGGACCACUGAGAAAGGAAGCCGGAACGGAAACCGACGAGGCGUGGCCCGAAGAAAGGGAGAAAAAGGAGGAGCUCGAAAAAGAGCUCAAAAAAAGAGACGAAGAGUUGAGGUACGAAUUUAUCAGAAGCCCAAAUAAGAACUGAAUAAACUAGAAGAUGAAACUAAGUCUUAUACAGAAAAAAAUAAUCAUUUGAUUCUGAAACACAACCGAUUUUUUUGAAAGAUCGAGUUUCGCAUAAAAACAAAAAUACUACUUUUUUUCGAAAAAUUCGGUUUUUUUAAAUUUUUUUAUUUUUUUAACUGAACCGUAUCAAUCAGAAGCUGUAUCACCUUGGAGUAAAAAUAUUGAUUCGAACUGCAAGAAUUCCCAAAAAUUUUGAACAGAGAAAAAAUUAUGAUAGAAAUGAUGUGAUUGAAAAAUUAUUAGCUCGCGAUUUUGAGCAAGUGUAUCAUCAAAAUGAGAAGAAACCAAUCUGAGAAAAAUAUUCAGAGAAAAAAAAAUUGAAGUCACCAAACAGUUGAAACCUCUCAAUCAAUUCAAUAAUGUUAUAGGGUGGAAAAGAAGAAGACGACGGAGGCGAAAGCCGAAAAACGGCCGUCUGACGGUCAACCUGGCCCAGACGACCCUCGCGCUGGGAUGUUCCUUGGCCAGAGGUCAUUUCUCUUUUUCAUGAAUUUAUUAAUAAAAUCAUUUGCAGAAGAAGUCCUGCGCCAGGAACUUCAACUUCUCCGCGCCAGGCUCGCCCAAGCCGAGGAGGAGAAAGGCAGGCUGGCUGCCCAACUCCAGGUUACUUUAAAAACUGAAAUAAUCACCUGUAUAAGUUUGGGAGAGCAGUUAUUGCUUAAAAAUACAUCAGAUUUGACUUCAAAACAUUAUCGAAUUUUUUUCUGAAGCUCUUUUUCUAUCUCAAUCACAGCUGAUGUGUUGAAAUAGUCAAUAGUCAAGCUCUUUAUUACAACAUUUACUCCUUUUCGGUAGUAUGAAAAAAAGGGCCAGCAAAAAAAUUCGAACGGCGACUUUUCUGAUUUUUUUCAUAUCUCUAGGGAACUUUUCGACGGAGAAGUUUCCGACUUUUUAAACUUUUCUUUUUUAUUGUUCCUAUAUAAAUUAGGUAAUUGAUUCAUGAUUAAAACACAAAGAAAUAUGAAAAAAAUGUUAAUAAAUGCUUUAUAAACCGAAAAAUUAGAGGGAAAAAAGUCAGAAAUGAAUCUGUCGGAAAUUUCAUUAUCGUUAUGAAAAAAUCGGAAAAGUUGCCGUUCAAAUUUUCGCUGGUCUUCUUUUCAUAGUAACCUCCUUUCAAGUCCGUCAUAAUUGAUCUAUUUCGGUUUUCCAAAAAAAAAAACCAUCACGAGAACUUUUUGAAAUAUGAACUUCAUUGGUAAAAAGGGAAAUAUUUAUUGUGUAGCCUUUUUUUAAUUGAAGAGUUAUUAGAAACCAAUAGAAAAUAGAAAAAUCAAUUUGAAUAAAUUUAGGCCGCCGUACAGGCCCUCGACAUUCCCGUCGAAGCGGAGCUGGUGAGAUUUUUCUUUUUUUAAAUAAAAAAAUUUUUCUCGUACUAGUUGCCAUUAAAAAUGUGAAAGAUCUAUACCAAAGUUCAGAGUUUAAAUUCCAGAGCAGAUUCAAAAUCAGACUUUUUCACAUUUUCCGUUUUAUAUUAAGCCUUUGAAUUCAAAUAUAUAUAUAUAUAUAUAUAUAUACAAACAUUUUUGGUAAAUAAGCAACGAAGUGAAUAAUUUAAGGCCGCCGAGAUCCAGCCGCAAGAGGACGAAGCUGAGCCUCUUCUCCGCCCUGAAGUGAGGAUUUUUUUUCAUGAAAUUUUUAUUAGCGAAGUUAGCAAAGCUGUCGCCAGCACUAUGGGCACUGCACGUUAUGAAAAAAAAUUCCUUCAAGAGUCCUUUCAAGAAAGUUCAAAUCUCUGUCUCGACAUGAAAUUAGCUCUUCGAUAAUUCUUUUCGAAAUUUUUUUGAGUUCUGUGUGAAAAAAAAAAGACAACUGAAGUCGGCAGAUAAGCUUUCAUACCAAAACCUUCAACAAAAGCUUAAUUCAACUAUCCAACUAAAAAUACCCAUCUGAAGGAAACUUGAAGUAUUUCGAACUUCAACUGCGAAGACUUUUAAAGAAAUGACAACAACGGAAAAAAAUCGACUUCUAGACCAAAUAUUCUUUUGAAAAAGAAAGUGAAGCCUUUACUUUCGACUACAACUACGAGUGGCGACCUCUGCCAAUUUGAAAAAAGUUUUUUAAAUCACAUUUAUUCAAUUACGAAGCUGGUCUAGACAGCUUCAGUUUCUGUUCGAAUUCCCUUUUUGGAGCCUUUUCUAAUAAUUUCGAUUUUAUUUUUUAUGCCGUGUUCAAUUUGAUUCCGCGAAAUGCAAAAUACCCGUUAGAGAAAGGAAAAGAUUACUUAAUUUUGGAGAGUCAGAGAUCAUUUUGCAUUUCGCGGAAUCAAAUUGAACACGGCAUUAUACUUUCUAAUGUUCUCAAUAUAAUAUCGAAGUUAGCCGAAAUCCUUUCUUAAACCGAAUCAUAAUGAAAAAGCUGUUUCUAUAACAUAAAAGCUUUCGACUUCAAAAAAGAUUCAAACUUUUCAGAGUUUUCAAUAUAUUACUUUGAACGAAUUAUGUAAUUUUUAUUGUUAUUAUACUGAAAUAAUCAUAAUCCUUGAUAGUUUUUAUUCUUUCAAAAAUAGGUGAAAAAGUUCGAAAGCUAUUUAAUUUUUUUAAGCUUUUUUUAAAACUUUUCAAACUGCUAAUUCUUUAUGUAAAGCUUUUGCUAUUCGAAUCAGUGUACCUGAGAAUUUUCGAGUGAAGAUAAAUUGGAAGGCCUGCCGUUGUGGUUUCUGAAAAUGAGAUCGGAAUUAAACGAAUGGGAAAAAUUUUCGCGAACUUUUUAUCCCUUUAAAUAAAAUCAGGGCUACGCAAAGAGUUUAUAGAUUUGAAAGAGAGAGAGAGAGAAAGAAAGUUUUACGGAUACUUCGUAUUCUUCCAACUUGAAAAUCAACAGAAAAACAAAUUUAGAUGGACCAGGCAAGUCCCAGGAAGCGGAGAAGAAGCUCUUCUUCCCACUCGGAAGGACCCUCCGACAAGAGGUCGCGAGGUGGAGAGAGUGGAGAAGAGAGCCCGGACGUUUUCCGCACGCCGGAACGUGGCGUCGAGCAAGCCAGAAAUGGCCACGACGCCACUCCGGGCCAACAAGAAGGAGAAGAAGGAGGGGAGCCGGAGUUGGAAGAAGAGGACGAGGUCGUCCCGGAGAGCGACCAAGAAGAGCUCGCCGAGUCCUCUUCUUCCGGCACAACAUCGCCGGCACCGUCGACCCCGCCACGAUCCCCGCAGCCUCCGGCGACGCCACCAAGGACGCCGCCCACGCCGCCAGCUCAGCCAACGAGACGGGUUAGUUUUCAGCGGAAAAUGGUCAUCAAUACUGAAUAA